AUGGUUCAACCGGAGAAUACCUCGAACAAUGAAGUGGAGGCAAUGAAGCAGAAAUAUGAGCAAAGAAGACGUCAGAUUUUACUCGAAGAGCAACAGCAGAAAAGGGAUGGUAUGAAUCUUUCAUCUGACGAGGAACACUUGGCCGAUGAGUUGUUUCUGUCUGCUGCUCAGCGUCGCAAGGAAAAGUUACAUCGACGGGCCUUGCUCAAACACGUUCUCGCGCCUUCGUCAGCACAACAAGAAGAGGAGCUCGCAGCGAAGAGACGAAAGCAAGAACAAGAGAAGAAAUCGGAAGAAUCGAAGAAAACGCUGUUAGAAAAACACGCUGAGCUGAAAGAAAAGGAUGCAGAAAUCGAUCCACGGGAAAGGCAAAGGUUGGAAGAGCAGAGUCUACUGGAGAGCGUAACACAGAACAGCGCCCUACAUGCGGCUGUAGAGAUUGCACAGGGUGUACAGUACACUGAAUCAUUUCGAACAUCCAGAACGUUUAUAUCUCUUCAAUCCAUUUUUAGUUGGCGUCCACCUUUUCAUAUACGAAAUCAAACAGAAGAGGAUUUCGAAACGUAUAGGAAAAGAAGAGGAAUAGUUGUUGAUGGGAUCGACUGUCCACCACCUAUUGGGAGUUUUCUGGAGAUGAAGUUCCCGAAGUCCGUUCUGAUUGCACUGAAACAUAAUAAUAUUCACAUCCCAACCGCUAUCCAAAUUCAGGGGAUCCCAGUUGCACUGUCUGGUCGUGAUAUGAUCGGUAUUGCGUCUACUGGUUCUGGAAAGACGCUGACUUUUGCUUUGCCACUUAUUAUGUUCUGUCUGGAACAAGAGUAUAUGCUUCCUUUCGAACGAGGCGAAGGACCAUAUGCCUUGAUAAUUGUGCCAUCGCGCGAGCUGGCCAGGCAAAUUCAUGACGUAAUUGUGGAUAUAUUACAAUGGGUUGAACUUGAUACCAAAAUGCCCAAAAUACGAGCUGGACUCUGCAUUGGAGGCGUGCCCGUUCGCGAGCAAGCACAGAUCUUCAAGGACGGAGUUCAUGUGUGCGUUGCUACACCAGGUCGACUUUCCGACAUGCUUACAAAGAAGAUUUUCAAUCUUGAGGUUUGUCGUUAUCUUGUACUCGAUGAAGCCGACAGAAUGUUGGAUAUGGGGUUCGAAGACGAAUUGAAAUCGAUUUUUGCUUUUUUCAAGGCCCAACGACAAACUCUUCUCUUUUCGGCCACCAUGCCAAAGAAGAUUCAAAAUUUUGCGAAAUCUGCUCUUGUUCGUCCAGUGGUUGUAAAUGUUGGUCGUGCUGGAGCUGCAUCACUAAAUGUUCUGCAAGAAAUCGAGUACGUAAGGACGGAGGAUAAACUCACAAGAGUGUUGGACUGCCUUCAGAAGACACCACCAAAGGUUUUGAUAUUUGCUGAAAAGAAAGUGGAUGUAGACAAUAUAUAUGAAUAUCUGCUUGUGAAAGGUGUGGAAGUUGCUUCAAUUCAUGGUGGGAAAGAGCAACGUGAUAGACAUAUUGGAAUUGAUGAAUUUCGACACGGUCAAAAGGAUGUGCUUGUUGCGACUGAUGUCGCUUCAAAAGGUCUUGAUUUCCAGGGUAUUGAACAUGUGAUUAAUUACGACAUGCCCGAAGACAUCGAAAAUUACGUCCAUCGGAUUGGUCGUACCGGUCGUUCGGGUAAACGCGGAAUGGCGACGACAUUCAUUAAUAGAAAAGCUGAUUUAUCGGUGAUGCAAGAUUUGAAACAAUUGCUUGUGGAAGCCGGCCAAGAAUUGCCUGCGUUCCUCCGCGACCUUGCGGGAGAUGUGGAAGAACCACCAACAGGAAAUGUGGAUGACAAGGGUUGUGCUUAUUGCUCUGGUCUUGGUCACAGGAUUACAAAUUGUCCAAAGUUGGCUGGCAUAAAUACAAAGGUUAGCAAGUUUUGCGCCUAUUUCCUUGCGCGGCAUUUGUUUUAG